AUGGAUGGCCACAUAGCCGAGGCUCGUCCCGAUAGGGAGGUCGCUGAUCGGAUUGCGAGGAAGCGAAAAACUAAGUCUGAAACACAGCGAAAUUAUGGUAGUGUGGAAACAGCAGAAAGUAGCCAAUCUGGUGCAGUGGGUGGCUCAGGUCAAGAUCCUCCUCACUGUGCAUGUGAACCUGCACUCGAAGAAUUGGAACUGAAAUAUGGAGCAAGACAUGUUAUCAAAUUGUUUGUGCCUGUCACUCUAUGCAUGAUCGUUGUAGUUGCAACUAUAACAUCAAUAAGCUUUUAUUCUGUCAAAGAUGUAUAUUUAGCUUAUACUCCAUUUCAUGAAGAGAGUCCGUAUGCUGUGACCAAAGUAUGGAAUGCACUUGCCAACUCCAUGAUCCUAUUGAGUGUGAUAGCUCUCAUGACUGUAUUGUUAAUUGUUCUGUAUAAAAAGAGAUGUUACAAAGUGAUCCAUGGCUGGCUAAUCUUAUCCUCUCUGAUGCUGCUGUUCUUAUUCUCAUAUCUUUAUAUAGAGGAAGCCUUGAGAGCUUAUAAUAUACCAAUGGAUUACAUAACCUUGACAUUUGCUAUGUGGAACUUUGGUGUAGUGGGAAUGAUAGUUAUUCACUGGAAGGGUCCUCUGCGGUUACAACAAGCAUACUUGAUAUUCAUAGCUGCAUUAAUGGCUUUGGUAUUCAUAAAGUAUUUACCUGAGUGGACGACUUGGGUUGUUCUUGCUGUUAUUUCUGUUUGGGAUCUCAUAGCAGUGCUGUCACCCAAAGGGCCUCUUAGAAUAUUAGUAGAGACGGCACAGGAAAGAAAUGAAUCAAUUUUUCCUGCUUUAAUUUAUUCAUCAACGGUGACGUACUGCCUGGCGGCGGUGGGCGUGGGCGAAGGUGAGCCGGCCCCUCGCGAACUGCGCCCUCUCAACGCCGACGGAUCGGGUGAGGAUCGCGAAGGCGGGGGCGCGGGCGAGGGCGGGUUCGACGCGGCGUGGCAGGCGCGUGCAGGCGGGGGCGCGGCGCCGCGGCGGCUGCGCGUGGACGGCACGGCGCCCGCGCAGUACGUCACGCGCGUGGAGCGCCCCGCGCCGACGACGGACGACGAUGAGAAGGGCGUAAAGCUUGGUCUCGGAGACUUCAUCUUCUACAGCGUGCUGGUCGGUAAGGCGAGCUCGUACGGCGACUGGAACACCACGCUAGCAUGCUUCGUAGCUAUUCUCAUUGGUCUCUGCCUAACCCUGCUGCUGUUGGCCAUAUUCAAGACGGCACUCCCGGCGCUGCCCAUUUCUAUCACAUUCGGCCUCAUUUUCUACUUCGCAACGCGCUCCGUCGUCAAGCCAUUCGCGGACGCGCUCGCCGCUGACCAAGUGUUUAUU